AUGGCCAACGCGAACCAUUGCUCCUUCAUUCUCCUUGCCGAAUUUGACAUCGAUCAAGGCUCUCAAUUGACAUAUCAGUUCCCUCAACCACUUGGUACAGAUGAGAGUCUUUUGGCCACCUCCAUGCUCCCGGACGGUGCUGAGAAGCAGCUAGAAGACUGGACGAUAUUUUUUCUGAACCAGACUCCUUUCAACACCAUCUCGCCCGUCCUCGCGUUGGAAACCCCGGAAGUCAAUGAGCCCAGCCUCGAGAGCGAGGGCAGCGAGCGGCCAGAUCUAUUAUACGUUUUGAACCUGGUCAGGACUAGGCAUGAUAAAGCGAAGAGAAGAGGAGCCGAAGUCAAGGCCAUGGCCAUAUGCACGAGAUACCCGUAUAUCCAAAUAUUCAAGCCUAUACUACUCUUAGCACUAGAUGACUACUUCGCAAAUCCCUCGCAAGACCAUCUCGCUCGCUUGUUCGACGCCAUCAACUCGAUGGAUCUGUCUGGCAUGCCGUAUCUCACGCGAUAUGAAAAGAUGAUCAUGCGGUCCUCCGAGCGGAAGGACAUCUUCGCCGAAAAGUUCACUAACACGAUACGCGAGCCCACGCCUGGACCCUACAAGACGCAGCACCGACCGACGAACUCAGGGGAGUCUGUGAGUAGUUUCGAAGAAGGCAUCUUGCUGAGGGGGAAGGAACAAGAAGCGCCAAGUAGACGCGACCGAGCGGGGACAACGAGCAGCAGUGCCAGCAGCAAUCAGCAUGGUGUUCCCCAGGAGUCGCCCUCCGACUCGUCGUUCUCCUUGGGUGGGAGUCUUGUCUGGGUGGGCGAGGACAGUGUAGGAUCGGAAACAGCGGUGGGUUCUGUUGAAACGGGAAGCACUGUAUCGCUAUCCACCAAUAGUUCUACCCUUGUUUCUGGUCGCGGAAGGAGAUCGACAGACGCCUCUGCGUCGUCUUCGUCUUCAAGCGGCCCCAGCAGCAAACUAACGAUAAGCGCACCCAGCCCACUGACCAAGGACACACAUUUCUUCAACACCACACUCGCGUACAAAGGCUAUAAACUGCCUAUUAAGCUCCCCCUCGCAACUUUCGCUGAAGAAGUCGGAGACUAUUCGUUAAUACCUCUGAUCAAGAUGUUUUCAUCUCAUCAGCUGGUAUCAGGGCCCAUCCAUCCGCAUUUGCACUCUAGUGGACCACAGACUCAUCCUAUCAUUCUUCUAUUUAAUGCGCUUGUCACGGGGAAGCGAAUUAUCUUCAUGGGGCAUGGGCGGCCUGCAGGACAGGUUUCCAGUCUUGUGCUGUCAGCGUGUGCCAUCGGUUCAGGCUGUGGCGUCGUCUUGAGAGGCUUUAUCGAACGUGCGUUCCCAUAUGCGAGUUUGAAGAACAAGGAUGAAUGGGAGUCGAUCCCUGCGUAUAUCGCUGGUGUCACUAACCUCAUCUUCAAGACAUCUGGCACAUGGGAUAUAUUAUUUGAUGUGGCCACGGGACAGGUUUUAGUACACAAAGACAUUCAUGCUCGGUGGCCAGCCUCUGCCGCCCCCGCCAUCGGUGCCACCCCGCUUGUCGCCCGUAGCGGAACCAUCAAAGUUGAAGUAGCCUUGCCUCCCGACGAAGACGCCACACGAUCGUCUGCAGCCAAAGACAGCAAAGAUGCUUCUUCCAAGGCCGACUUCGCCCCAAAAAUCGAUAACGCAGACAACCUUUUCAUCGAAGACAUUCGUUCUGCCAUAGAAUAUCACUUCGGAGAAGGUAUGGUUCGGAUGCGAUUUACGGAGUACGUGACACGUUUUGUUCGGCUUGCAUCUCGGUACGAAGAGGAGACGCUGGGGAAGACGAAGAUCGGGUAUCCCACCGCGUCGUUUACCGACGUGCCGCGCCCGCGACUGGGCAGUGGGAUGGUGUUUACCGACGACGCCUCGGCCAUGAGAGAGUUGACUGCAAAUGCCUAUCGUAUGGAAGCCUGGCGGAACACCAAUACGUAUGCUAACUACGUUGUCGAUUUUGCGAAAGCACAGGCGUCAAGCUCUAUCAAGAGUUUCGAUGUUCUUCACCAGCUCUUCAGACUGCGACAAGCCAAGAACAUGUCCGAUACGGAAGCAGAACUGAUCGUGCGCACGAUUGCCAACAAUGUUCGUACAUACGAACAAGUAGUAGAGCUCCUAGCAUACUUGGCUCCCCAUGGCGGUGGUUUGCUCUACUUGAGUUUCGGAUUGUUCCACCAACAAGAGGUUGUCCGGGACCUGACCGUUGACAUAUUCAACGAGCUACGAUCUUAUGCUGUUGGCGUUACAUUCCUCCAGGCAUUGAAUCACUUCCAGCGCUAUUCAUAUGUUCGGCAAGCGCACGCCAGAGAAAGCCGUGUUGCCAGGGAGCAGCAACAGCAGCUUCAUCCCCCACCUGUUUCAUAUACCUCAAGCUCAAGGACACCAUCUAACCGGAGCGACGCGAGUCUUGUAUAG